UCGUCUCUCACCGGGUUAAUGUUAAUUCUGGCUGAGCUCUUGUCCUCACAGUGUUGUUCCGGUCUUAUUGGACCCUUGGAGGAGAAGGUGUCCUGAAUGGAGGGAACCGAGGGACGAUACCGAGCCGAACCGGGCCGAACAAGGCCAGGUCGGGAUAUGUGUGACAGCAGUACACAGACUGACAGCAGAGCACAAGGUCAUGGCCCGAGGCUAUCAAAGGUAAACCUGUUCACCUUGUUGAGCUUGUGGAUGGAGCUUUAUCCACAGGAGGAAGCUGAAGAAGAAGAAGACCAGAGUCAGUUAGAAUCUGGUGUGUGUCAGAUCCGCAGGCUGGGUCUGGCGGUGGUGCGGGACGGUAAAGUUGUUGGACUCCAUUGUUCAGGACCGGAGCUCCACGCGGGACAGUCUGCCAUCAUCCAACAUGGCCCCCGCCUCGCUGACUGUCAGUUAUACUUCUCCAGGAGACCCUGCGCUACCUGCCUAAAGAUGAUCGUCAACACUGGAGUCAGUCAGAUCUCCUUCUGGCCAGGAGACCCUGAAAUCAGCAUGCUGAGGUCAAACUCCCACAAUCCACCUGGCGGCAUCUCAGAGGAGGCCGCGCUGGACGCCGUGGCGUCAGAGAAGCUGAAGUCUAACAGCCGUCCUCACGUCUGCGUGCUGCUGCAGCCGCUGGCUCCCGGCCUGGCUCAGUUCAUCGACGAGACGUCCAGAGAGUGUGACUUCAUGGAGAGAGUGAGGGACGAUGAACCCGGGGAGGACACACACCAGCUCUACAACAGAGAGCGGCUGAGACACCUGAAGGAUUUCUCCCGUCUCUUCCUGGUGGAGACGUCUCAGCAGCACAGAGAGAUCUUAACCCACAUGGGCCUUGAAAACUUCUGCGUGGAGCCGUACUUCUCCAACCUGAGAAACAACAUGAGGGAGCUGGUGGAGGUCCUGUCUGCGGUGGCUGCAGGGGUGCCAACGCAACACUACGGCUUCUACAGGGAGCAGCAUCCAACAUCGGAUCUGUCACAGUCUGCACCUCCUCUUCUCCAGGAGGGACUGUCCCAGGAAGAGGCCCGACACUGUGUCGUCCAAGCCAGACUUCUGUCUUACAGAACAGAGGACCAUAAAGUGGGAGUGGGCGCUGUCAUCUGGGCCAAACGACAGACGGCCGGCAGUGAUGGAACGGGACGACUCUACCUCGUUGGUUGCGGGUACAACGCGUACCCAGCAGGCUCUCAGUACGCCGAGUACCCGCAGAUGGACAACAAGCAGGAGGACCGGCAGAGACGCAAAUACAGAUACAUCAUCCACGCCGAGCAGAACGCCCUCACAUUCAGGACUCGAGAGAUCAAAGCAGACGAGCACACCUUGCUGUUUGUGACUAAAUGUCCGUGUGACGAGUGUGUCCCGCUGAUCAGAGGAGCCGGCGUCACACACAUCUACACCACCGACCAGGACAGAGACAAAGACAAGGGAGACAUCUCCUACCUGAGGUUCAGCAGCCUGAAGGACGUCAGCAAGUUCAUCUGGCAGAGGAGCCAGUCACUCUACUCCUCGUCUUCUGCUCGCCUCGUCAACGGUCACAUCGGAAAGCACAGCAGAGAGGCCGAGCCGGAGAGCUGCAGCAGCAAGAAGCUUUGCACCAACAGACUCAAAGACUCGCAGACGAACUGAAAAUCAGAUACACCAAAAAAAAAAAUCAAAAUCACAUUUUUAAAUCCUGUUACAACCGAUUCUAAAAGAAUCAAAAGAUUUCCUCCUUAAAGAUCAAAUCCAUGCCGUUCCAAAUCAUGUCACUUAUUUAAUGUUUUGUGCAGAAGUGGGAUUGUUUUUUUUUUUUUGGACAACUGACGCUCCUGCAUCUCUAGGAUUUAUACCUCUGUGGGCGUCGACAGAUCCACAGCAGGGAUUCUGGAGUUUCUCUGUUGGAGAUCAAAGAAGAGAGAAUCCUGAUUUAAACGCUUUUAUCCCACGCUCUCUCUCUCUUUUAAAGUCCUGAAGAAGUUGUUGUCAGUGAGGUGGGAGGGAGGGAAACCCGCUGACCUCGAAGGAAAAACCAGAUAACGGAUGAAUGAAGAGGUAAUAAACUCAUGUUGAUUUUGCACAAUCAGAAAUGCAGGAAAAAAACUAAUAGAUUAAGAUAGGAAGACCACGAGAGAAAAAUAUAUUUAAGAGUAAUAUGAAGUGUGUGGUUUUUUUUUUUUAAAUGUAAAUAUUGAAUAGUUUAAGUUGUGUGAAGACGUUAAUCUAUACUUCAUGUAUGAACCGAUCCCUGAGCUCCUCCAUCGCUCCAAUGUGUGUGAUAAAUCUGAUAAGUCUGAUUCUCUUUGCCACAUUUCUGAGACAUUAUUCCCGUUGAAACUCUUUUUUUCUUUUAUUCCGUCACCACGUGAACGCAGGGAGUUUGUCACCUUUUCUCUAAGUUUGUAACUCCAGGUUAAAAAAACGAGGUGCAGACGCUGAGCACACUGCAGCCUCUCUCUGCACUUCAUGUGAGAAUAUCUUUCUUAUUAUUCAAUUAUAUUUUAAUGUUCUUUUAAAUCUAGACGUGGACCAUUAAAAAAAACAAACUCUUUUGCAUCCCAGACUUCUGAAAAAGAUGAAAUCUCUUGAGUAUAGAUCAUGUUUUAGCCCCCUCAGCAUAUUUGAUGAUUUGCACUGCAGCUAAUUGAUUCUCUUAUUCACUUGAGUACACACAGCAGCUUAAAGAAAGCAGGAACUCGCGUCACAUUUUUUAUCCUCUGUGUUUAGGUUUAAUGUUUGAAACCAGCUGUAACUUUCUGC